UGGCUUUGAAGCGUAAGUUAGGUAGUUUUGCCAGCAAGACCUCAACCAAGCCAUCACGUGACAAGCCCGAAACCAGUCGAGCGAAUGGAGGGUUUGAUUUGACUUCGGGCUCAUCUGAAUAGGCGCACCGCUGCAUCUCCAGUUUCUCAAUCGAUAUCGGCACGUAUAUAGACACUCUUGCGCCAUAUCCAGAGCGGACAACUAGGAUUUACAUUAUCACGAGAAGACUCACAAGCCAGUUUACCCCAAGAUACGCCCAAGAUGUCAAUCACCGAUUGAUUACCUUGGCGGAGAACAAUCCCUUGUUGUUCGUUCAUGGCACUCGAUAACAAUGUACAUAGCAGGUUCAACCCCUGCUUCGCCACUCACAUGGCAAGCUUGGUCAAGAUUGAUCAACAACACAUAGUAUGCGUGUGCCAACGAUUUUCUCACGACUUCAGCUCCAUGCCCUCCAAGUAAUGAAACGAAGGCAGCACCCAGAUGGAUGGAUCCUAACACUGCUCCGAGAAGAAUGAAACGAUGUUAGCCGAUAUGUUAGUGGAUGAGACUGCUGCAAUCACCCUUAGUAUAAGGAAUCUCUCCUUGGAAUUGAAGAGCAGCAUGCGCCAAAAACCACGACGAAAUGCCAAAGAAAGAGUCCUGGCAGACUUUAGAUUCUCGGCCAGGAUCGCAUGGCAACUCUGAAGUCGAAGGAGCGAUCCCGUCCUCUGGUGUGGAACAAGAUGCUCAGCCUUCAGGCACACGAAAGCCAUGCAAGUAUCGGCUGCGUAAAAUUAACAAUGGUAUGCGCUUCAACGGGUCUUUGGGGGAAAAGAAAGGAUCAGGGUGUUGCUUGGCGUGUCAAAAGUACAAUCUAAAGCCCUACAUUGUCUUGCCAGACCUUUACCGCAAGCCUUGGAUGGUGAGACUUCCCGAAGCGCAAUAGGUGCAAUACGGAUGCUGGUAAGACUUUGAGAGACCUGUACAGUACGAGGAUCAAAGCUGAAUGCAAACACGCGGGGACGCGGAAACGCGUCAGGAACCACUGGCUGGGCGUUGCAAGGCUUGUUCGUCAGCCGGUGAAGAUCAUCUGUGACCCGGACAACUAGGCCGAGCCUCCGUUCGGCUGAACGUGUCGACUUUUUCUCCGCUUGAGAGGUGUGGACAAUGAGGAAGGAAACGACAAGUACUGUUCGGAGUAGGGCUCAAAGAGUGGUGUGUACUCGUAUCUGGACAUGGCGUACGCAUGAUAAGCAUCGUUGGCGAGAUCCAGUUUGUACAACCUGGUCGGUCUCGUGAACUGGAGGUCCGAUCACCCAGUGGCAAACAUGUACAAGGAUGUUGUGCAGGGAGUACUUCCGAGGCCCAUCACAGCUGAAAUUCCCAAGCUCCCAGGUGAAGAGAGAUGAGAUCUUGAUGAAGAUUAAUUAUGGCACUCAUGGACAGACUGUCUACACACUUGUGUUCGGGAAUCUCUGCAUAGUCAGUAGAUUUCAACGGGUAGUACCGUAAUAGGGUGUUUCAAGAUUCUCUUUCCGAUGUUUGGUAGGCUGCUCAGGCGC